AUGGCCGGGACUCGACCACUCAGCCCGUCUACACUUCCUGGUAUUGGACUCUACAUCUAUGCUCCCCACAUCACCAAACUCUACAUCUAUGCUCCCCACAUCACCAAGCUCUACAUCUAUGCUCCCCACAUCACCAAACUCUACAUCUAUGCUCCCCACUUCACCAAGCUCUACAUCUGUGAUCCCCACAUCACCAAGCUCUACAUCUAUGCUCCCCACAUCACAAAGCUCUACGUCUCUGCUCCCCACAUCACCAAGCUCUACAUCUAUGCUCCCCACAUCACCACGCUCUACAUCUAUGCUCCCCACAUCACCACGCUCUACAUCUAUGCUCCCCACAUCACCAAGCUCUACAUCUAUGCUCCCCACAUCACCAAGCUCUACAUCUGUGAUCCCCACAUUACCACGCUCUACAUCUAUGCUCCCCACAUCACAAAGCUCUACAUCUAUGCUUCCCACAUCACCAAGCUCUACGUCUAUGCUCCCCACAUCACCAAGCUCUACAUCUAUGCUCCCCACAUCACCAAGCUCUACAUCUAUGCUCCCCACAUCACCAAGCUCUACAUCUAUGCUCCCCAUAUUACCAAGCUCUACAUCAAUGCUCCCCACAUCACCAAGCUCUACAUCUAUGCUCCCCAUAUUACCAAGCUCUACGUCUAUGCUCCCCACAUCACCAAGCUCUACAUCUAUGCUCCCCACAUCACCAAGCUCUACAUCUAUGCUCCCCACAUCACCAAGCUCUACAUCUAUGCUCCCCACAUCACCACGCUCUACAUCUGUGCUCCCCACAUCACCAAGCUUUACAUCUAUGCUCCCCACAUCACCAAGCUCUACAUCUAUGCUCCCCACAUCACCAAGCUCUACAUCUGUGCUCCCCACAUCACCAAGCUCUACAUCUAUGCUCCCCACAUCACCAAGCUCUACAUCUAUGCUCCCCACAUCACCAAGCUCUACAUCUAUGCUCCCCACAUCACCAAGCUCUACAUCUAUGCUCCCCACAUCACCAAGCUCUACCUCUACAUCUAUGCUCCCCACAUCACCAAACUCUACAUCUAUGCUCCCCACUUCACCAAGCUCUACAUCUGUGCUCCCCACAUCACCAAGCUCUACAUCUAUGCUCCCCACAUCACAAAGCUCUACAUCUAUGCUCCCCACUUCACCAAGCUCUACAUCUAUGCUCCCCACAUCACCAAGCUCUACGUCUAUGCUCCCCACAUCACCAAGCUCUACGUCUAUGCUCCCCAAAUCACCAAGCUCUACAUCUAUGCUCCCCACAUCACCAAGCUCUACAUCUAUGCUCCCCACAUCACCAAGCUCUACGUCUAUGCUCCCCACAUCACCAAGCUCUACAUCUAUGCUCCCCACAUCACCAAGCUCUACAUCUAUGCUCCCCACAUCACCAAGCUCUACAUCUGUGCUCCCCACAUCACCAAGCUCUACAUCUAUGCUCCCCACAUCACCAAGCUCUACAUCUGUGCUCCCCACAUCACCAAGCUCUACGUCUAUGCUCCCCACAUCACCAAGCUCUACAUCUGUGCUCCCCACAUCACCAAGCUCUACGUCUAUGCUCCCCACAUCACCAAGCUCUACAUCUCUGCUCCCCACAUCACCAAGCUCUACAUCUAUGCUCCCCACAUCACCAAGCUCUACAUCUGUGCUCCCCACAUCACCAAGCUCUACAUCUAUGCUCCCCACAUCACCAAGCUCUACAUCUAUGCUCCCCACAUCACCAAGCUCUACAUCUAUGCUCCCCACAUCACCAAGCUCUACAUCUAUGCUCCCCACAUCACCAAGCUCUACCUCUACAUCUAUGCUCCCCACAUCACCAAACUCUACAUCUAUGCUCCCCACUUCACAAAGCUCUACAUCUGUGCUCCCCACAUCACCAAGCUCUACAUCUAUGCUCCCCACAUCACAAAGCUCUACAUCUAUGCUCCCCACUUCACCAAGCUCUACAUCUAUGCUCCCCACAUCACCAAGCUCUACGUCUAUGCUCCCCACAUCACCAAGCUCUACGUCUAUGCUCCCCAAAUCACCAAGCUCUACAUCUAUGCUCCCCACAUCACCAAGCUCUACAUCUAUGCUCCCCACAUCACCAAGCUCUACGUCUAUGCUCCCCACAUCACCAAGCUCUACAUCUAUGCUCCCCACAUCACCAAGCUCUACAUCUAUGCUCCCCACAUCACAAAGCUCUACAUCUGUGCUCCCCACAUCACCAAGCUCUACAUCUAUGCUCCCCACAUCACCAAGCUCUACAUCUGUGCUCCCCACAUCACCAAGCUCUACGUCUAUGCUCCCCACAUCACAAAGCUCUACAUCUGUGCUCCCCACAUCACCAAGCUCUACGUCUAUGCUCCCCACAUCACCAAGCUCUACAUCUCUGCUCCCCACAUCACCAAGCUCUACAUCUAUGCUCCCCACAUCACCAAGCUCUACAUCUAUGCUCCCCACAUCAGCAAGCUCUACGUCUAUGCUCCCCACAUCACCAAGCUCUACAUCUAUGCUCCCCACAUCACCAAGCUCUACGUCUAUGCUCCCCACAUCACCAAGCUCUACAUCUAUGCUCCCCACAUCACCAAGCUCUACAUCUAUGCUCCCCACAUCACCAAGCUCUACGUCUAUGCUCCCCACAUCACCAAACUCUUCAUCUAUGCUCCCCACAUCACCAAGCUCUACAUCUAUGCUCCCCACAUCACCAAGCUCUACAUCUAUGCUCCCCACAUCACCAAGCUCUACAUCUAUGCUCCCCACAUCACCAAGCUCUACAUCUGUGCUCCCCACAUCACCAAGCUCUACGUCUAUGCUCCCCACAUCAGCAAGCUCUACAUCUCUGCUCAUCCCAUAUCAGUAACCUCUACAUCCAUGCUCCCCUACAUCCCCGUUUUUGUAUUGAAUCUCACCCUGUCAACGUGGCCCCCGUUUUUGUAUUGA